ACAGCGCCUGCGCAGCUCGGUCCUCGCACCUGCCUCUCGCGUCCGGUUCGCAUCUCCUCCGCACUCAGUCUCUCGACAGCACAUCAUGGCCGCCAAGUUCGUAGUUCUCUUCGCCUGCAUCGCUCUGGCCCAAGGAGCGAUGGUGCGACGCGACGCUCCCGACUUCUUCAAGGACAUCGAACACCACACCAAGGAGUUCCAUAAGACUUUAGAACAACAGUUUAACUCGCUCACCAAGUCAAAGGACGCACAGGACUUCAGCAAGGCUUGGAAGGACGGCUCCGAGUCCGUGCUGCAACAGCUCAACGCCUUCGCCAAGAGUCUCCAGGGAGCGCUCGGAGACGCGAACGGCAAGGCCAAGGAGGCUUUGGAACAGUCGAGGCAGAACAUCGAGCGCACGGCCGAGGAGCUCCGCAAGGCCCACCCUGACGUCGAGAAGAACGCCACCGCCCUCCGCGAGAAGCUGCAGGCCGCCGUGCAGAACACCGUGCAGGAAUCCCAGAAGUUAGCGAAGAAGGUGUCCUCGAACGUGCAGGAGACUAAUGAGAAACUGGCGCCCAAGAUCAAGGCCGCCUACGACGACUUCGCGAAGAACACCCAGGAGGUGAUCAAGAAGAUCCAGGAGGCCGCCAACGCCAAGCAGUGAGCGUCGAUAUUGAACUCUCACACUUAAUAAAUAUUUCUUUCAUAUAU